AGAGAGAGAGGAGUGUCAGAAGGAGCAGAAGCAACGCUCACUGCAGAGCACAGCGUACGAGCAGCUAGCUGGGCUCUGGCUCUUAUCCCAAAAGCAGUGCCUUUCUCAUGAGCCCACGCAAUUAAGGAGCUGGGGAUCGUGACAUCAGAGAAGCAUUAGGACCGUACGCCACUAAUGUAGCUCCCGGAGGAGAGUAACUGCGGAUCGCACUUACAUCUACCAGGAUGACGUUCCAUUCAAACCAGUCCACCCAGUAAAAUAGUUGGAGGUCGAGGCAUCAGGUACAAACGGUAUGUCCAACAUUGAUGUACAAUAGAAAAAGCUGGGGUUCAGUGUAUCGGCUACCAAAAACCGAACAUUCUAAAACAUCCAGCAGUGGUAAACAGCUGCGGCAAGUGGCAUUAUAUCUAGUUUACCUAAAUACCACCACAAGGAUAAAGGCUGGAGAUCUGCUGUUCCUUAGAACUUCAGUAUAUUUUCCACUAGAGUGACAGCGCAGGUUCUCUCUGCACUUCACUCCCACAGGAUUGACCCCAACAGAAAAGACUUUCCAGCUGGAUUGUUGUUCGUUAUCAGUCGGAUCAACUGGAUAGUUUGCCAGUGGCACGUUUUGCGCACUCUUAUCGGGGAUAACCUCUUCACGUUCUUGCUCAGGCACCGUGGAAUAUCUGGAGCAGCGCAAAUCCUCUCUAGUCCUGUACCGACCCUUCCCCUUUUGUGCGAGUUUGGGAGCAGUCACUGCAGACAGUCGGGAAACUGCGCUAGACCUUUCUAACUGGAUAUCUCUGAAGGCUCUUUCUAGGACUUUUCCCACCUUGCCAAACAGGGUAUUUCUUCGUUGCCAUAAGCCAUGAACACGUUGCUCCCCCUCAGCUCUUGGAUUUCAUGUGUUUUUUCUUUGUUCUGUAUGCAUUGGCAGAUUGGAACUGCUCAAACGAAAGCUGAUGGUGUGAUUGGAAGUACCCCGUCCCCCUCUUCACAAAGCUAUGUUGGACCUCCCACUUUAAUCAGCAGUCAGAGUCCCCUACAACCAAGUCCUUCCUUAAGCAGUUUAAGAGAUGGAAUAGAAUCCCACAGACAAGAUCUGCUGAAAUCUGUCCUGGCACAGAAGGAUUUUCUGCUCCGCCAAGAGGGAGAAUUGUUCCCUUCUGCCCUUCCUGAUGACCUGCUACCACGACAAAUCCUGAAGGGAGGUAGAAGAAAGACUCUUUCUACCAAACAGAUCAAUGCGGCACGAAAAAGGCUAUGGCCUCAAACCACCCAAGCCUCACUCUAUAAAGCCACAUUAGAGUCUACUUUCUUUAGGGAGUCCGCUUCUGCAAAUAAUACUCCUGACAGCUUCAUGCUGUGGCCUCACUCCUCUGGGCAGACCACUCCUGUGCCAUUAGAGACUAAAAUCUUCAGUGAGGAAAGCGAUCCUUCUGAGUCUGGUCAAAGUGACCUCUCUGCUACAAUGUCUGCUUUGGAGACCACACCACUCUUUGAGCAGCCCCAUCUCACCCCUGAUGUGGAUCCACGCCUUGUGGACAGCACAACAAUUGCUUUAUCUUCUUCUGUGAGCAACACUGAAGAAGGUAGUCUGGAUUCAAUCAUUAAAUCAACAAUUCUCUCAGCAACACAGCCAGCCUCCUGCAAUGUGAACUUCUCUGAAUCCGAAGGGUACAUUGACUCCACAGACUACCCUCCCAUGCUUCAAUUCAACUUUCUGGAGUGUACCUACAAUGUCACAGUCUACACAGGGUAUGGUGUCGAGCUGCAGGUGAGACCAACACUAAUGUGAAAUCUUUCUGAUGGGGAACAGUUGUCCAUUAGAGGGGUGGAGGAAGGCGGAGCUCUACUGGUCCUUGCCAAUGAAACGCUGCUGGUAGGUCAGGUGAUCCGCAGUCCUACCAACACUAUCUCGGUUUUCUUCCGCACCUUCUUGGAUGGAGGCCUGGGCACCUUCCAGCUACACUACCAAAUUUUCAUGUUGAGCUGCAGUCUGCCAAGGAAGCCGCACUACGGAGAGGUGUUGGUAAUGGACCUUCAUGCUGGGGGCACAGCUCAUUUCCACUGCCACUCUGGUUAUCAGCUGCAGAGUGAGAAAACACUCACUUGUCUGAAUGCCUCCCGGCCUCACUGGAGCAGUAAAGAACCAGCUUGCAAAGCUGUGUGUGGAGGCCGAGUGCAUAAUGCCUCCAUUGGCCGCAUUCUGUCACCCAAUCACCCUGGAAACUACAGCAACAAUAUGAGUUGCACCUGGUUUCUAGAAACUAGUGGACUUCAGAAGUUGCACCUUCAUUUUGAGAAGCUGUCCCUGGCUGGCCAUGGUGAUAGGAUUCAGGUCUGGAGUGGUUUGGAAAAUGGUUCUGUGGUACUUUUGGAUUCCGCCCAUGGUGGGCAGGUGCCAUUUGAAGGUAUCAUCAGUGAGGGGUCAGUUGUGACAGUCCAGUUUACUUCUGAUAGUGCUAACACAUCAUCUGGCUUCAACAUUCGCUAUGAAGCUUUUGAGCGUGGACAUUGCUAUGAGCCCUACAUCCAUAAUGGAAACUUCACCACCACAGACUCUUCCUACAAUGUGGGUGCAAUUGUCGAGUUCACCUGUGAGCCAGGUCAUUCUUUGGAGCAGGGUCCCCCGGUCAUUGAAUGUGUGAACAUGAGAGACCCCUACUGGAAUGACACAGAACCACUGUGCAAGGGUACUCAACAUUUAUUUCUUUUAUGUGGUGGAGAACUUUCAGCUCCUAGUGGUGUCAUCCUGUCUCCUAACUGGCCUGACAGUUAUGGUGAGGGUGAGGAUUGUAGCUGGAGAAUUCAUGUUGGAGAAGAGCGACGCAUUCUUCUUGACAUUCAGCUUCUAAACCUGAGCAACAGUGACAUUUUGACUAUCUAUGAUGGAGAUGAGAUUACCACAAGGAUCCUGGGGCAGUAUAUUGGUGGAACAAGCCCAUUUAAGCUCUAUUUCACCCCUGACCUCACUCUGCAAUUCCAUUCAGACCCUGCAGGCAUGGUUUUUGGAAAAGGAGAGGGCUUCAUCAUUAACUACAUGGAAGUGUCCAGGAAUGACUCCUGUUCUGACCUGCCUGAGAUUCAGAAUGGCUGGAAGACCACAUCCCACAUGGAGUUAGUGCGUGGUGCUCGAGUCACUUAUCAGUGUGACCCAGGGUAUGAUAUUGUGGGCAGCGAAACGCUCGUCUGUCAGUGGGACCUGGUGUGGAGCAGCCAACCACCUUUCUGUGAAAAGAUUAUGUACUGCACAGACCCUGGUCAGGUGGAGCACUCAUCUCGCACUUUGUCGGACCCUAAGCUAUUGGUUGGCACCACUAUUCAGUACACCUGCCGACCUGGGUACAUCCUGGAAGGCAGCAGCAUGCUCACUUGCUAUGGCCGAGAGACCGGGACUCCAGUUUGGACUUCACGGCUUCCCCUCUGUGUUUCAGAGGAAUCUGUGCUUGUGAAAACCCAGGCCUUCCUGAAAAAUGGCUAUCAGAUCUUGUACAAACGCCUUUAUCUGCCAGGAGAAUCACUCUCCUUCAUGUGUUAUGAAGGGUUCGAGCUGAUUGGAGAGAUUACAAUUAAGUGCAUUCUAGGACAUCCAUCUUUCUGGAGUGGUCCACUGCCACUCUGUAGAGCAAACCAGGACAGCUUUGAACGAGCUUUGGAAGCAGAAGCAGCUGCAGCGACAUCACUGGAUGGUGGAAACAUGGCACUGGUGAUCUUUAUUCCUGUCCUUGUCCUGUCUGUACUGCUAGGCGGAGCUUACAUCUACAUUACACGCAGGUGCCGUUAUCAUUCAAAUCUCCGCUUGCCUCUGAUGUACACUCAUCCCUACAGCCAGAUAACUGUGGAAACAGAAUUUGAUAACCCCAUGUACGAAACUGGGGACACACGAGAAUAUGAGGUUUCCAUAUGAAGAGUUAUUUCUGAAGACAUUGUACAUAGUAUCCAGCAUCAAAUCCAAUAAAACUGACAUGUGGAUCUCCUUGAACCCGUAGACUGAGCCCUCUGUGCAGUGCUCAAACCCAGCUCCCUCAGCUUUCAAUAUCUGGACUUCCUACACCCAUCUUCUGGGGAACUACUGCCAGCUGUGAGAGGGGAUAACUGAAAAGCAGUAGUAAAUAUAGCCAUCAGAAGCUUGGUUUACUUGGGUUACCUGGUGGCAUUUCUCAGCAAGAUGGAGCUGGUAUUACAGGUUAACUGGUUCCAAAUACAGCCACUAGUGCAGAAUGUGACUGAGAACAGGCAACUCCACCUAGAAGAGCAUGCCUUCAAAAUGAAACCAUGAGAAAUUUACUAUGAUUACCUUAGUAAAAAGAUUUUAUGGUAACAAUACUGGGCCCUGGUCAUUAAAUGAGCAAGAGUAAUGGAACAAUUGUGCUGUGUUCAUCACGGCAAACUGGGCCUGAAUUUUUUGAGCUACCAUAUUAUAGCAGUCAAGUAUAGUGAAAAUGCCCUUGCACAGUAUAGAAAAAGACUACCAUUAAUUGUGAUAAACUAGGAACAUAAUCUUCUUAAAUUUAUUAAGGAGAACUGAUGUUUGCAUCAGAGCCCACAAUUACCAAUUAUUGUUAUGUGACUGAAUUUGGAAACAUUGCCACAAAGUUGGAAAAACUGGCUAAGGUCAUUCCAUUUAUUCUAGAAAAUAAUGGCAUAAUCGUGAAAAACACAUUAUAAGUGGAAUCAGAACUGCUGCAGUGAACUGGGCAAUGACCUUCUGAUGCAAAGAAGUUCAUUUCAGUGGCCUUCAGGAAGAGAUGCUGUUACAGGCGGAGUACUGACACUGAUCCACCAGCUCUUCCUGAAGUUAGUGUACUAUAUUUUUGUGUACUGGUCUACCAGGGUAAAAUGCAUUCCACAUUAAUGUCUUGCCAAACUCAGUUUCUUCUGUUGAAACUGAGUUAGGGAUGAUUUUGUUACCCUGUCUUUACAAAAUGUAAAAACUGUUAAAGGAAUUUUGAUCUUUACCAGUGACCAUCCAAGAGAGCUGCAGAUAUAAUCCAUGAACAGCAUACUCCCCUGAUCAAGUGGAAAAUGGGGCUUCUGCUGAUUUACUAGUUUUGCCUUGCCAUCUUUAUUUACAGUGUAGAUUCACAGUCCAAUCCUCUUCUGAGUGGGAGCUGGCUUCCCCUAACUCCUUCCUGGAGCAAAUUCAUCUGUAAGCUUUGCUGUCCAGUGCUUAUUGAAGAACAUCUGGAUGGCUGCUGUUUAUUCAUUUUUGCACAGUAGUGCUUUAGCAGAGUCUUCUUUCACAUCUGCACAUCUUCAAUCGUUGUCUUAUUGUAAUGAUCAAUAUAAAAGUUUUAGUUUUGAAAAAGUACAUUUUCCUUAUGUGAUGAACUGGCAUCCAUUCCAGGGCUUGGCUCACACCCUGUACCCAGCUCCAGCUGCUUCUGACAUCCCUGGCUAGAAAAAUGCAGAUGAAGAAAGCGAUUUGAUAGCUGGAAUGCAAUUGUGGCUAUUGUGCUAAAGCUGACAGACGUCAACCUGUUCAGUAGAAGCAAGCAAAAACAGCUCAGAAACUGUUUUGCAGCUUGUGUUGUCUUCUGGGUAAUAUGGUACAUUUACAGAGUUUAUCCCUGCUUGCUUUUAUGUAAUCAGGUAUUUCUACCUCAAUACAGAUAGAAAGAGUAUAGGAAUACAGUUCAGUGUGAUCUAGUGUGAUGGGAAUCUGAUUUACUCAUUGGGAGAGGAGAUAUGGAGAGGAAUUAUGGCACAGAUAUAUUGACUCAGUGAGAAAAACUAGAGAACAUUAUGAGACACAAUGAGUCAAUGAGACAGGGUAAAUAGACACAGAGGCAGAGUGACAUUAUAGGAGAGGAGGAGUAGGAAAUGGAGCACAAGGUGAUUAUCACCGGAAGGGGAAGGAGAUAAAGGCUGAGAUGUGCAUCGAUUCCGUUGUUUAGUAGGAAGGAAAGGAAGAAAUAGGUAAUCAGUUGCAGAGAAGAAGAAAUGAGGAGUAAAAGUGACUUGGUGUAGUGAAACACAUGUGAUUGUAAUCAGAGUGACUUUGUAAAAGAAACAGAGUAGGAGGGAGAAAUGACUGGGCCUAGUAGACAAAAUAUUUCAGUGGCCAAAAGGAGAAACUGAGUAGAGAACCAACUUUGUGAAAGAAAGAAGGUAAGGGAACCAUGGCGACUCAGAAGGAGUAUAACUAAGGGGCAGGCUGGCUACUCUUUGUUUAGGAGAAAGGGCAGAUGACUGAAUAACUGAGGGUAGGGGCAAUGAGAAAGGCAAUGUGGUUAACCAAAUUCCAAAUCAAUCCACCCCAAAUCAUCCAAUAUACUUGAAAGAUCACAACAGCAUUAUGUUUCUAGUUUAGUCUACACACAAACAUUUCAGUGUAUGUUGUGUAUUCUUUACUGAUUACUAGACAACCCUUUAUGUUCUGUUUGUGUUACUGUCAGGAGACUGAUGCUUAUGUUUACCCCUUGUUUAAAGAAGAACGAUGUAUGCUGGUCUGGAUUGUUUUUUACAUCACAGAGCAUCUUCAGUUUACAUCUAUCAAAGUCAAAUUGAAAUAAUACACAUUGUUGGUUUUACAAAGUGAAAGACCAGUUUGCAGCCCUUACUGACCUGCAAGAUUACAGGCUGACAAGUUGCCCUUCCCUAAAAAAGUGGUGCUCUACUGUGUUAGCUACCAAUCUAAUUACAAAGAUUACAUUUCUAUUUUGUCAGUUCACAGUUUUUUUUAAUUUUCCCAUAUUUCCAUUGAAGCUCUAAAAAUUCUAGAUCUUAGUUUCUGAUACCAGACAAAAGACAUCAUUAUUUUGAAGUAUGUAAUGUUUUCUGCUUUGUCAUGCUCAAUAUACAGUUUCCUAAAUAAAAAUGCAUUCUAACCAUGAAA